AUGGAACCACACUGGAACCCAACUGUUGAAGCUCAAGCUGUUGACCGACUUCACCGAAUUGGACAGACCAAGAAAGUUUGGGUUUUUCAUUUUGUGACCCCAAAUACCAUUGAGGAAAAAAUAAUUCAUGUACAAAAUAAAAAGAAACAGUUGGCCCAGUGA